AUGAUCGUUAAAGGAAAUAAAACAACAUUAGAAUGGUUUCUUUCUCUGAGAGAUCUAUUCCUGACUUUUAUUAUUCUUUUUUUCCUCAGUCACAAUUCUUUAUUUUCUUCUUUUGCUUGCUUUCUAUAUUUUUCUUUUUCGUUUGUUUUAAUCUCUCUUUCUCUAUAUUCCUGUUUUUCUAUAUUUCUCUUUCUUUUCAUUCUUCACACUGUUUUAUUCUCUUUUUCUCUGUAUUUCUCUCUCUUUCACCAGUGUUUUUUUCUUUAUUCCUUUCUCUCUUAUCAUUCAAUCUGUCUUAUUCUAUUUCUCUCUGUUUUUGUCUUCUUCUUUUCUUCCUCUCCCUUUCUCCACCAGUUUUUCAUUUAUCUCUCACUCUUUCUUUCCUCUUACCAUUCACUUCAUCUUUCUCUAUUUUCAUUUCUUUUUCUUUCCCUCACUUUCUUCACUAGUCUUUCUUUAUUGCACUCUCUCUCAUUCUUUUUACUUCUCCUUUUCGAUCUCUCCUUAUCUUUGUUUCUUUUUUCUACCUUUCAUUAUUCUUUUUCCUUUCUUUCUCUUCUGAUUUUUGUCUUUCUCUUUUCCUUUCAUUUUCUUUUUCCUUUUCUUUUCUUGUUUUUGAUUAUCUCUAUCUCUCUUUACACUAUUACCCUUAUCUUCACUUCUUUCUCUCUCUCUCUCUCUCUCUCUCUCUCUCUCAGCGUUUAUUACUUUCACCUUCAUUUCUCUCUCUCUUUAACCUAUUACCCUAACCUUCAUUUCUAUCUCUCUCUCUCUCUCUUAACCCUGUUACCCUCAUUUUCAUUUCUGUCUUUCUCUCUUUCUCUGUACUCCCCUUCCACAAUGUAUUAUUAUUUUUCUCUUUGA